AUGACGAUCUCGAUAAACCACCAAGAGCAGCAAAAAUGGCGUAGUAAUUUUGAAAGCUACGCCAAUGUAUCCAAAGAUGGCGUUAAAUAUCUCGAUAAAGCAGCAUUUCUCGAUGCUGUCGCUCCUCGUUCCGGUAAAGGUCACGCCAGAAUAUCAAGAGAGCAAUAUAACGUCUUCUUUGAUGUUGCAGAUAAAUCAAAAAGAGGCCUUAUAUCCGCUGAUGACUUUAUUGCGUUUGAAAACUUGUUGAAGCAGCCAGAUGCUCCUUUCCAGGUUGCUUUUCAAUAUUUCGAUAGACGCAACAAAGGUUCCGUCUCCUUUAGUGACUUUAGAAAUGUUUUCAGCCAAUACCUCGGUGAGAAGGCUAUUCCCUUCGACUUUGAGUGCGAUUGGUUGAGGCUUUAUCUCGGAAAAUUGUCAGAAUCCAACGAACAUGUUUUGCCUUAUCAUGAAUUUACUCAGAUGAUGAAAGGCUUACAAGGUGAAAGAAUCAGACAGGCUUUUCACUACUUUGAUAAAGAUAAUGAUGGCUGGAUUAGACCGGAAGACUUCCAAAAAAUUAUACUAGAGGUAGCCUCUCAUAAGCUCUCAGGUUCAGUUCUAGAUCGAUUACCCUCUCUAUGUCAUAUCACUGCAGACCAAAGGAUCUCUUACGCUGACGUUAGAGCCUUCUACAAUGUUCUUCACGAUAUGGACGCCAUAGAGCAUGUCGUCGACAUUGCUACAUCUCAAGCAUCCGAUGGAAGAAUCUCUCCUUCAGAUUUCUUAGCAACUGCACAGCGUAACACUCGUUAUGGAAGCUUUUCACCAAUGGAGGUUGCUUUCGCUUGGCAUCUAGCUUCUCCAGGGGCUGUUGGUAGAGCAGGUACACCAGAACCGGACGUUAGAUUAUCCAAAGCAGAUUUUGAUUCCCUAUUUGAUCCAAACUGGACCCCUAUUGAGGCACUUGCUCCAUCUCAACCACCAAAAUCAGCACUCCACGAAACCUUAAUAGGUAUUUACAACUUUGCUCUCGGUGGUUUAGCAGGUGCUACUGGCGCUACUGUCGUAUAUCCAAUAGAUUUAGUCAAGACGAGAAUGCAAAACCAGAGAGCUGCAGUUGUUGGUGAAAUGAUGUAUGCCAACAGUAUUGAUUGUGUAAAGAAGGUUUUCAAAAAUGAAGGCUUUACUGGGUUUUAUAGAGGCUUGUUACCACAACUUGUUGGUGUCGCCCCAGAGAAGGCCAUCAAGUUAACCGUAAAUGACGCAGUGCGUCACCUUGCACAAAAUAGAGAUAAUGGUUCCAUCAGUCUUCCCUGGGAGAUUGUUGCUGGUGGUGCUGCUGGUGGUUCGCAAGUCUUUUUUACCAAUCCACUCGAGAUUGUCAAGAUCAGAUUGCAAAUUCAAGGUGAAGCUGUUAGAAUUGGUGAAGCUCAGCCCAGGGGUGCAUUCCAUAUCAUCCGUCAGCUAGGUUUGCUUGGUCUCUACAAAGGCGCCACGGCCUGUUUGCUCAGAGAUGUUCCAUUUUCAAUGGUUUACUUCACCUCUUAUGCGCAUUUGAAGAAGGACUUUUUCAAGGAAGGUGUGCACGGUAAGAAGCUUGGCUUCGGCGAAACCCUGCUAUCGGCAGCGAUUGCCGGUAUGCCUGCUGCUUAUUUCACUACCCCAGCAGACGUGAUCAAGACUCGUCUCCAGGCUGAAGCUAAGCAAGGCCAAACAAGCUACAGAAAUGUUGGCCAUGCUUUCACAAGCAUCCUAAGGGAAGAGGGACCAAAAGCUUUGUUCAAGGGUGGCCCUGCUAGAGUUUUGAGAAGCAGUCCACAGUUUGGUGUUACUUUGGUUGCCUAUGAGUGGCUGCACAAGCUGAUGCCAUAUCCAUUCCAAAGCUCUGAUAAGCCUUCUGUCAGUGCUUUACUGCCACAGCGGGAAGAGGAUAUCACAAGAGUCAGAGCCCGUAACGCUCUCAAGCUGUUGUUGGAUACUCGUAAGUAG